CGCCAUCACAGUUCAACAUGGUGAUGACGUCAAAGAAGUUAGCGGUUUACAAUCGGAGAGCAAACGAAAAACAAAGACGGUAAAAAUAUUUAUCUGCAUAAAGAAGAGAGAACAGAAAAGUAUGUGUGCGCACGCCUAAAGAACGAAGAAGAUAGUACCGACAGUGCAAAGGAUGGGGAAUAGAGGCGUGCAAUAAGCAGUACGACAGGACGUAGAACGGCUGUUGCCGUGGUGUUUGGGCUCGGCUCGAUUGUGUUGCAUCCGUUAUGACGAUACGAUAAUCCAGCGCUUCGCGCUGUGACCGUGUAAUACGUUGUUCGUGAUUGCGUGUUACUAAUGUUUAUAUUUUAUCAAAAAUUUCAAACAAAUGUGAUGGAGGUGUAUUGUUUUGAAAUCUGAUUGGUACACUGAUCUUUUCGUUGAUCAAUUAUAGUUUGUUAAUACGCCAUGUGCCAUUACUUCGUGUGUGCUGCCUUUUUUCCCAUCGGAUUCGCAGGUUAAAUUUCUAUAAAAGUAUCUUUUAAAAUUAGGUUCUUAGGGGAUUAUUCGGUGACAAAAUAUCAUUAGUGAUUCAAUGUUCUGUGUAGUGCAAAGGUGAGAAAAAAAAGGUACGUUCUUCUUUCUUCAAUCUUGUAUAUUAUUCAGCUUGAUCGAAAGUCUAAAGGAGAGUAAUAACCGGACGAAUUGAAAAGAAGAUAGACUACGGAUUUGGUGAGCUUGAGUAAGGAAGAUAACGCGACGAACACAAGUGGCGUAUCAAGAUGGCGCAUAAUUUGGCACCGAGCGUCAACUGUUCACUGGACGACAUUGAUCUGAAUGCUUUAAAGGAACCUGCAGGUAUCUUUGAGUUGAUUGAAGUGGUUGGAAAUGGAACUUAUGGACAAGUUUACAAAGGUCGUCAUACCAAAACCGGCCAGCUGGCAGCCAUCAAAGUUAUGGACGUCACGGAAGACGAAGAAGAAGAAAUCAAGCUAGAAAUAAAUGUGUUGAAAAGGUAUUCAAAUCACAGAAAUAUAGCAACGUAUUACGGUGCCUUCGUGAAGAAGUCAUCACCAGGGAAAGAUGAUCAGUUAUGGUUGGUUAUGGAGUACUGCGGAGCUGGCUCCGUCACGGAUCUUGUCAAAUCGACUAAGGGCCAGAGUUUAAAGGAGGAAUGGAUUGCUUAUAUAUCACGAGAAAUAUUGAGAGGACUUAGUUAUCUUCACAGCAAUAAGGUUAUUCACAGGGAUAUUAAAGGACAGAAUGUUCUGUUAACCGACAAUGCGGAAGUUAAGCUUGUUGAUUUUGGCGUUAGCGCGCAAUUAGAUCGGACAAUAGGUAGAAGAAAUACAUUUAUUGGUACGCCAUAUUGGAUGGCUCCAGAAGUAAUAGCUUGUGAUGAAAAUCCAGAUGCCACGUAUGAUAAUCGAAGUGACCUAUGGUCACUCGGAAUUACUGCUUUAGAAAUGGCUGAAUCGCAGCCUCCGCUUUGCGAUCUCCAUCCGAUGCGUGCUUUGUUUCUGAUACCACGUAAUCCACCGCCAAGACUCAAAUCGAAAAAGUGGGCGAAGAAAUUCCAUGGUUUUAUUGAAACGGUUUUAGUCAAAGAUUAUCAUCAGCGGCCUUAUACAGAGCAGCUCCUUAAACAUCCUUUUAUUCGGGACCAACCAACUGAAAGACAAGUUAGGAUACAACUGAAAGAUCAUAUCGAUCGCUGUAAAAAGCGUAAACAAGAGAAAGAAAGGGAUGAUUAUCGAUAUAGUGGUAGCGAAAAUGAAGAAGACGAACCAGCAUUGGCUGGUGAACCGUCAUCCAUUGUUCAGGCACCAGGUGGUGAUACAUUACGUAGGAAUUUCCAACAAAUUCAAGAAGGUAGAACUUUAACUCAAGAGGUGGCUCCUCAACCACCUGCUGCUAAAGAAAAGCCAAGUGGCAGAUCUCAAAGGGAUAUACCAGAACCAGGACCACCUGCACGACCUGCAAUUCCUCAUAGAUUGAUCGUUCCAGAUCCACAACCACCAUCUCGGCCAUUACCUCCGACACCUAGAGACGAUCCACGACAACCGCACAAAGUUUCAACUCCACCAUCCAACCAUCAACCGCUUAUUUCUGGCGGUGGUAGCGGCGGUUCCGGUGGUCAAGCUGCGUCUCAAAGAAAUAGUCAUGUCUUUAAACCUAUGCUGCCACCAAGGAAACCAGAGGACUUGGACAUGCUAGCUGCUCAACUCAACGAGCUUGGUGUGUCACAGGGCCCAGAGGCCCCGCCAAGGCCCAACAGACAGCAUAAGGGCCCUGCUGCUUCGUCAACGUCAAAUUUGGUUCAGCCAGUAAGCAGCAAUGAUCAAAACAGCAAACAAAUGCCACAGUCUUCCAGUAUUCUUGAUCAAGCGUUAUCCGUUGAGAGCGAUAGCGACGACGAUCUCGAAGAUGUAGGAGGAAACAAUGCGAGGAACGAUGGGACUUUACUUGCUAGCGAUCCCCCCAAACCUUUACCCGAAUUUUCUCCUUUCAGACCGUCUACAGAUCCGUCGUCUACGUCAUCGCACAAUGCUCAGAAUUCUCAUCUUGAAGGUAAGCCGAAAGGUGGAGCACCAAAUCGACCACUGCCACCAACACCGGACGAGGAGGAAUCAGGGGAUCGUACAUUAGUAAUGAAACGAAAACUUAGUCAGAUGUCAGACGAUCGAGCCACGACGGCUAGCAACAACCGGUGUUCGGAAGCAGACGAGCAGCUCCUUCUGAAGGAGUGGGAUUUCACCCGCUUCUUUCAGGGUUUUAACGAUAGAUUGGAUAAAAUGAAACAACAAGAGCAUACGCAAGAGACAACGGAAACGAAUCAUCACUCUGUUAACGAGGAUCGUUCAACGUCCUCAUCGGAGAAAACUUUAAAAAAUCAAGAACAAUUGUCCCGUAGAAAGUACGAUAAUAAUCCUCAACAGCAACAUCAUCAAAAGCAACAACAGCAACAGCAACAACAACAGUUAAAGGCGGUUCAUAGAAGACAGGAAAGCGAUUCGAAGCUCGGCAACACGUCGAGCGCGUUUGCACGAGCUUUUCGUCGCGAAAAUUCAGACUUUUUCCCUUCGACAAGGCAUUCUGCAUAUUUACAGAAAUCCGAUUUCACGCGGUCGAGUAUAUUCUCAAGUGGUAAUCGUCGUGGAAGCGAGAUAAGUGUUGCCGGUAUCGUUGGUAAAAAAGGUACAUCUGUGAGCGCCGGUGAACCGGUGCUGACAGAUUUUUCGUUCGGUCGUGAUGGCCUACAAAGGCCUAGAAGGGAAAAGACCGAGAGCGAGAUCGUUUUCGGUAGUAAACACGAGGGCAGAAGGUUCGACUUUGGACGUGAAAAAGAUGGCACUAUGAGAAGACGCAGUUGUAGACCAUCAGACGCGGUUUCGGCCGCGAUUGACGAAGCAGGAACUAUUAAAUCUACGGCCAGUACAACGGCUAGCGAAUACAGCCCCAUUGUUAUCCAGAAUCGAGAAAGCAGCGAUCGUCCAAGAGGUGCAGGCGGUGGAGCUGAUUUCCAGAGAUCAGAUUCAUCCCCUGGAUCUCGACCUAGCUCUGUCUUGCCGGAUCUUCUCACAUCAUCGCCGGGUCAACGACAGGACAAAACUACCAGCGAGGAGUAUCGCCAAGCAGUUAAAUCACCACCCCCAUUUGCGCUUCAACAGAAGCAGAGAUCUUUCCUGACUUUUGGAUUCGGUGCCGGACCAGCCAGAAGGGAAUCUCACGUGAAUGUUAAUGUAACUCCGACCAGUCAUGAUCUUGCGUCUGAUACACCAGAGAUACGCAAAUACAAGAAACGUUUCAACAGUGAAAUUCUCUGUGCUGCACUAUGGGGAGUAAAUUUAUUAAUUGGUACGGAGAAUGGUCUUAUGCUGCUGGAUAGAAGCGGACAAGGCAAAGUUUAUCAGUUAAUAAGUAGAAGACGAUUUCAACAAAUGGAGGUUCUUGAAGGUCAAAAUAUUUUGGUUACAAUUAGUGGGAAGAAGAAUCGAGUACGGGUGUAUUAUCUUUCCUGGUUGAAGAGUAAGAUUUUAAGAACCGACGGACACAGUGAUCAAGUGGAACGACGCAAUGGAUGGAUUAACGUUGGCGACCUUCAAGGCGCGGUACACUUUAAAAUAGUUAAAUACGAAAGAAUAAAGUUUCUGGUCAUCGCGCUAAAGGAUUCCAUAGAGAUUUAUGCUUGGGCGCCAAAACCAUACCACAAAUUUAUGGCUUUUAAAUCGUUCGGUGAACUAGCGCAUAGACCACUUCUCGUCGACCUUACUAUAGAAGAAGGUACAAGGUUGAAGGUUAUCUAUGGUAGUGCUGAUGGUUUUCACGCUGUUGAUUUGGAUUCUGCUACCGUUUACGAUAUUUAUCUACCAAAACAUACUCAGGGUCCUAUUUGUCCACAUUGCAUUGUCGCAUUACCAAAUAGCAAUGGUAUGCAGUUAUUGUUAUGCUACGACAAUGAAGGUGUAUACGUAAACACAUACGGUAGAGUUUCGAAAACCAUGGUCCUUCAAUGGGGUGAGAUGCCUACGAGUGUUGCCUACAUUGGCACAGGGCAGAUUAUGGGCUGGGGUAAUAAAGCUAUUGAGAUUAGAAGCGUAGAGAGCGGGCACCUCGAUGGUGUAUUCAUGCACAAGAAAGCUCAACGGCUCAAGUUCCUUUGCGAGCGUAAUGAUAAGGUAUUUUUCUCAUCAGCAAAAGGUGGAAGUUCGUGCCAGAUUUACUUCAUGACAUUAAAUAAACCUGGCAUGGCUAACUGGUGAUCCCGAAUAAGGCCGAAUCUGGCCCAGAAGUUAUCAUCACCAAUAAGAGCAAACAAUCUAUCGUAUAUACCAAGAUAUACAUCGUCGCCAUUCAUGUUAACUCGUUUUUCACUGCCAGGAUUUAAGAACGCCAUGGAAAACAAGAAAUGUUUGCAUCGCAGUCGACACCAUUAUCAUGAAUAUCACUUUCAGUCUUAUUAUAAUCGUCAUCGUCAUCAUUAUCAUUGUUGUUGUCACUGUCGUCGUCAUCAUCAUCACCAUCACCAUCGCCGUCAUCGUCAUUAUUAUCGUCAUUAUCACCAUCACCAUCAUCACCAUCAUAAUCAUUAUUAUUCUUUUCAAAAAGAUCAUUAUAAUAAUCAAUAUCGACACUUUUGCUCGAGUAAUUGCUCGUUAAUAAUCGAUAAAAACGAAAUAUACGACGAAAGGUUCCAACAGUAUCUUAGAAUCUUUUUGAAAACUAUGCAAGGUAUAUUAAUAUUUGUAAAUCUUCGCAUGAAACAAUUUCUCAGCUCUCUUAACGCUUCAUCUUGCGCGAUACGAUUUAGCAUAUGAAAGAAAAAAUAAGAAAAAUAAUGGUUCCUUCCUCAGGUAAUACUUUUCUUCAUAGAAGAGAAUAAAUAAACAAAUGGAUAUAUGCACACAAUUUUAUUAUACUUUUUAUAACAAUUAUUUUAUCGUUUGCUCGGAUAUCUUUCAAUGUAUCGUUUUCUUUUAUACCUUGGAAGGCCUGACUGUUUAAGAAAGAACGAAAUAUUAGAAAAUGAUUCGAAAAGUAGUGUUGCAUGACUGAAGAGCAAGCUAAAACUUUUGAUCCGGGAUAAGUUAAUAAACAAAUAGACAUAGUAAGAUAUUAACGAUCCAUAAUAGAAGCAUUACCGACGUAUUAUUGUUGUAGAUGCAGAAAGAUCGCGCAGUAUUGAUGCUUUCGUCUGUAUAAGAAAAUAAGAAAAGUAAAAAAAAAAAAGAGACCUUCCGGAACAAGUUUUUAACACAAGUGGGUGAACUUUUUUAUGACAACAAAACAGUGCGCGAACUGUUUUGAUAAUUGUAAGGUGCAAAUACGCGAGCAAAACAAGUGUGAAUGAAUUUUUUGCUGUUUACACUGAGAGAAUAUGGGUAAUAAAGACCGCGCGCGCAACAAUGAAAGAUCAAUUGUGGUGAAAAAAAAGAAAAAAAUAUGUACAAUAUACGUAUUUGAAAUAAUUCUCAAUUAAGUAAGCGGAUUCGUUUCUUUUUUUUUUCAUCGAUAAGAAAAGAACAUGAUAACACACUUGACAUAAUUUUAACUUGUUCGUAAAGCUUUUAUAAUAUCCAAUCGAUCAUAAUCACGUAUAUUAUUAUCGUAUCAAAAAGUUCAUAUUAGAAAAAGUCCUUUCAGAUGGAAAAUGAAAAAAAAUACCAAUAUCGACUUGAAAGAAGAAAAAAAAACACAAUAUUGUAAUAAUGAAAAAUUAGGAAUAAGGGAAGAAAAGUAACUACUAAUGUUAUUAACUGUAUAGUUUUUAGUAAGCGAAGGAUUUUUAUGUCAUUUCUACGAUUUAAAGUAACGACGAUGACGAUGAUAAUACGAUGAUGUGUGAUGCAUGGCGUCGGAUAAAUUGCAUUUUUACAAUUAGUAGAUUUAUAUUAAGAGUUUUUCAAAUGUAAAGUGAUAACAUACAAAGAAAAACAAAUUUUCUUUUUUUAAGGUAUUUACUAAUAUGCUUCUUAUGUUCUACUUGCACCCUCCUCUUUGCGAAGCGACAUUCGCAAGUAUAAUAUUACCAGUUUACAACGUUUACGCUAUCGUUAUUUCCUCAAAUUAUUUAUAUAUAUAACAUAACAAAAUUGUUUGUACAAAAAUUAAGAAUAAUACGACAUCCCUUCUUUCUUCUUUUUUUCAAGUGCAACUAUAUCUUUUGUUGCAUCUAUUUUGCAACGCACAAUUAACAGCAUUUUGUAUAAUAAAUUUUGUUAUACUUAUGAAUAAAUAAUCGAGGAAAUAACGAAGUUGUGUACACUUGAAAUUAGAACACACUGUGUAUGUUGUACGAUUUAUUCCUGACGAUUGAUGUACAAUGAUCAUAAAUACAAUAUUAGACGUGCUAUUACGAAUCGAAGAAAUAGCGUAUAUUUGUAAGUUUAUAAUUUCGUAUAAUAUAAAAAAUAAUAAUUUUCUUCUCGGAUAAUUCGAAAUUACGCAACAUCUAUAAUUAAGAUAGAGAAUAUAAUAAAUUCUGAUACACGCAAAGUUAUACAAUGUUUGAAAUUAUUAAGAACUUGAUAUACUCGCGUGCAACUAAAGUAUCUUACGAAAUUAAUAUAAUAUUAAUUAAAAGAAGCCUAUGUUGCACCCGAGCGUAUAUACCACAUUAAUUAACGUAUGCAGCGUAGAUAAUGCCUGUCUUUAUUACUCGUCAAUGAAUGUUUUUCGCACGGAACUUUCCACUAGAAGUAAUUUUAGUUUGAAUGGUUCAGUGUGUAAUUUUAAGGCGAUUUCAUUUUACAAUUGAUAUUUCGUACGAUAACAAUGAAUCGAAAGUGAAGUGAGAAGCGUUGCAUUUUUUUUUUAUACAUGUUCGCUAUCGUCGUUUAUUUAGAAAAUCAUAGAUUAAAUUGACGAUUCGAUGAUGCGAAAUGAUUUUAAUUAAACAUAUCUUUGCGACUCUGAUAGCGAACUCGUUAUGACUUGGAUUUUCUUUUUGUAAUUGUAUAUUUCAUUCAUGUAAAUUACUUAUCAAAGUUCCUUUUCCGUUUCUACUCACUUUUUAAUCAUUUUUCGAAUCAUUUUUGAAUUCUUGAAAAUGUAAUAAAUCCUUAGCAAUAAUUUAUGAAUGAAAGUUUCAUGAAAUUUUUUAAAUAAACACGUAGUAUUGUACACUCAUUUAUUUAUUUGUAUAUAAAUAAAUAUAUGACGUGGUAUGUGAUAAGUGGGAUAAUAUAAUAUACUUAUUUAUUUAAAAAGGAAGAAGGAAAGCAUACGUUUCGAAGCUUUUUACGAAUAUUAUUCAAACAUAAUUCAAGCGUUAUUAUUCGCAAUAUUUUCAAGUGCAACAAAAAGGUGUAUUUUUUCGACGGCCCCCGGGGGUAGUUGCAAAGAGGAGGAUAUGUAAUUAGUGCAACGAAAGACUGUUUUUUCGAACGAAAGAAAAAGUAAAGGAAAGUUUUUUUAUUGAGCUUGGAUGGAAAAGAAAAAAAGGAACAGAGGGUGCGCGCGCGCGUGUAUGCGAUUUAAUAGAACGAUCGAAUUUUUUGGCUGAAUGUUAUUAAUGUAUGGACGGUUAUUUACGAAUGACAGGGAACUCCAAUAUUAUAAACAAUAAUAUUACUUCCAUAAAAAAGAAAAGCAGAAAUUCUCACGCUAUUAAUUUCGUGCGAAGAAAAACGAUAUUUCAUUUUCUUUUAUUCCUUCGUCACUUUCGGUUCCUUUGAUUUAUUUCGUAACUUCCAUCCAGUUACCUUGAAUCUUUUAUCAUCUUGCACAUUGUUUCCCAAAGAUGGUAGUGAUGAUUAUUAUUAUUAUUUCUUAAAUAUUAUUAUAAUUAUUAAUUGCUGUAGUUUAUGAUUGCAAUUAUUGUUAUGAUUAUUCUAUCUAUCCGUACGUGUCAUUAAUGACUAUUACCAUGCGGUACAUUAUGAUUACAAUGAUUAAGGUUACUACUAUUAUUACUAUUAGUCAAGUCAAAUAUACAGACAAUUUGUAAUUGA